UGCGGCCCAGAAUACCCCAGCGCUCACACUGGCCUGCGCCACUAUGACUAUGUGUGCUGGGGAAGAGCAGCGAGUUGGUACACGCACAGUAUUCGUCAGCAAUCAUCCAGUUUCAGGAACAGAAUCCUACAUUCCACAAAGAUUUUGUGAUAACAGAAUAGUCUCAUCUAAGUAUACACUUUGGAAUUUCCUCCCAAAGAAUCUGUUUGAACAGUUUAGAAGAAUUGCAAAUUUUUAUUUCCUCAUCAUUUUCCUCGUACAGGUUACAGUAGACACACCAACCAGCCCAGUCACCAGUGGACUGCCACUAUUCUUUGUCAUAACUGUGACGGCCAUCAAGCAGGGCUACGAAGAUUGGCUGAGACACAGAGCCGACAACGAAGUCAACAAGAGCACUGUUUACAUCAUUGAAAAUGCAAAGCGAGUGAGAAAAGAAAGUGAAAAAAUCAAGGUUGGUGAUGUAGUAGAAGUACAUGCCGAUGAAACCUUUCCUUGUGAUCUCAUUCUCUUAUCAUCAGGCACCAGUGAUGGAACCUGUUAUGUCACUACAGCCAGUCUUGAUGGGGAAUCCAAUUGCAAGACGCAUUAUGCAGUCCGAGAUACCAUUGCACUGUGUACAGCCGAAUCCAUUGCCACUCUCCGAGCAACAAUUGAAUGUGAACAGCCUCAGCCUGACCUCUACAAAUUUGUUGGGCGAAUCAAUAUCUAUGGUAAUAGUCGUGAAGCUGUUGCCAGGUCUUUGGGACCUGAAAACCUCUUGCUGAAAGGAGCUACACUCAAAAAUACCAAGAAGAUAUAUGGAGUUGCUGUUUACACUGGGAUGGAAACCAAAAUGGCUUUGAACUACCAAGGGAAAUCUCAGAAACGUUCUGCUGUCGAAAAAUCCAUCAAUGCCUUCCUGAUUGUGUAUUUAUUUAUAUUACUAACCAAAGCUGCAGUGUGCACGACCCUAAAGUAUGUGUGGCAAAGUAAUCCCUAUAAUGAUGAACCUUGGUACAACCAAAAGACCCAGAAAGAACGGGAUACUUUGAAGGUUUUGAAAAUGUUCACUGACUUCCUCUCGUUUAUGGUUCUAUUCAACUUUAUCAUUCCCGUCUCCAUGUAUGUCACAGUAGAGAUGCAGAAAUUCCUUGGCUCUUUCUUCAUUUCAUGGGAUAAGGACUUUUAUGAUGAAGAAAUUCAUGAAGGAGCCCUUGUUAACACAUCAGACCUUAAUGAAGAACUUGGUCAGGUGGAUUAUGUAUUUACAGAUAAGACUGGAACACUCACGGAAAACAGCAUGGAAUUCAUUGAAUGCUGCAUAGAUGGACACAAGUACAAAGGUGGAACUGAGGAGGUUGAUGGACUCUCUCAAACGGAUGGACCCGUAACAUAUAUUGACAAAGCAGAUAAGAACCGAGAAGAACUCUUUCUGCGUGCUUUAUGUUUAUGUCACACUGUGGAAAUCAAAGCCAAUGAUGCUGUUGACGGAGCUGCAGCUUCCGCUGAAUUAACCUACAUCUCCUCUUCACCAGAUGAAAUAGCUUUGGUGAAAGGAGCUAAAAAGUAUGGGUUCACAUUUCUAGGCGUUCGGAAUGGCCAGAUGAGGAUCGAGAACCAAAGAAAAGAAAUAGAAGAGUAUGAACUUCUUCACACCUUAAACUUUGAUUCCAUCCGCCGACGGAUGAGUGUAAUUGUGAAGGCUCAGACAGGAGACAUCCUCCUCUUUUGUAAAGGAGCAGACUCAGCUGUUUUCCCCAGAGUACAAAAUCAUGAAAUUGAGAUGACUAAAGUGCAUGUGGAGCGGAACGCAAUGGAUGGCUACCGGACCCUUUGUGUAGCCUUUAAAGAAAUUGCUCCAGAUGAUUAUGAAAGAAUGAACAGACAGCUCAUAGAGGCAAAAAUGUCCUUACAAGACAGAGAAGAAAAGAUGGAAAAGGUUUUUGAUGACAUUGAGACGAACAUGAAUUUAAUUGGAGCCACUGCAGUGGAAGACAAGCUACAAGAUCAAGCAGCUGAGACCAUUGAAGCUCUGCAUGCAGCAGGUCUAAAAGUCUGGGUGCUUACGGGGGACAAGAUGGAAACAGCCAAAUCUACAUGCUAUGCCUGCCGGCUUUUCCAAACCAGCACUGAGCUUCUGGAACUGACCACAAAAACCAUCGAAGACAGUGAAAGGAAAGAAGACCGACUACAUGAAUUGCUGAUAGAGUAUCGGAAGAAAUUGCUGCACGAAUUUCCUAAAAGUACCCGAAGCCUUACAAAAGCAUGGACAGAGCACCAGGAAUAUGGAUUAAUCAUCGAUGGUUCCACAUUGUCACUCAUUUUAAAUUCUAGUCAAGACUCUAGUUCAAACAAUUACAAAUCCAUUUUCCUACAAAUCUGUAUGAAGUGCACUGCGGUACUCUGCUGUCGGAUGGCCCCGUUACAGAAAGCCCAGAUUGUCAGAAUGGUGAAGAAUUUAAAAGGCAGUCCAAUAACACUGUCGAUAGGUGAUGGUGCCAAUGAUGUUAGUAUGAUCUUGGAAUCCCAUGUGGGAAUAGGUAUUAAAGGCAAGGAAGGUCGCCAAGCAUCCAGGAAUAGUGAUUAUUCUGUUCCCAAGUUUAAGCAUUUGAAGAAACUUCUGUUGGCUCAUGGACAUCUAUAUUAUGUGAGAAUAGCACACCUAGUACAGUAUUUCUUCUAUAAGAAUCUUUGUUUCAUUUUGCCACAGUUUUUAUACCAGUUCUUCUGUGGAUUCUCACAACAGCCACUCUAUGAUGCUGCUUACCUUACCAUGUACAAUAUCUGCUUCACCUCCUUACCCAUCCUGGCCUACAGUCUCCUGGAACAGCACAUCAACAUCGACACGUUAACAUCAGAUCCCCGAUUGUAUAUGAAAAUUACUGGCAAUGCCAUGCUGCAGUUGGGCCCCUUCUUAUAUUGGACACUUCUGGCUGCCUUUGAAGGGACUGUGUUCUUCUUUGGGACUUAUUUUCUUUUUCAGACUUCAUCCCUUGAAGACGAUGGAAAGGUUUAUGGAAACUGGACUUUUGGAACCAUGGUCUUUACAGUCUUAGUCUUCACUGUAACUCUGAAGCUUGCCUUGGAUACUCGGUUCUGGACGUGGAUAAAUCACUUUGUGAUUUGGGGUUCCUUAGCCUUUUAUGUAUUUUUCUCAUUCUUCUGGGGAGGAAUUAUUUGGCCUUUUCUCAAGCAGCAGAGAAUGUACUUUGUAUUUGCUCAAAUGCUGUCUUCUGUGUCCACGUGGUUGGCCAUAGUUUUUCUAAUAUUUAUCAGCCUUUUCCCUGAGAUUCUCCUGAUGGUAUUAAGGAAUGUAAGAAGAAGAGGUGCCAAGAAUCCGAAUCUGGAGCUGCCUAUGUUAUUGUCCUACAAGCAUAUUGACAGUGGUUACAGCUAAAACAGGAAAGCAUGAAGAAGCGACCACAAAAAGUUACCAUCUCAGGAUACUGAUAUGCAACACACUAAACCACUCUUGCGAGUGUAGGGUUUCUGAAGACUCAAUCGAAAUACCAAAUGACGCUCUCAAACAUUUACAGUUAUUGUAAGCAAUUGUUAUGGCCAAAGCUCUAAGUUCAGAACUCUGUGGAAGUUGAAAGCCAGCAGUCUUCGAUUCUGGCUAUAGAUAGAAUAAUAUAACCACCAAAUGGGUGCUCUUUUAACCCAUGAACUUCGUGAAUGGAUUUAAACACAAUAGUCUAAUGUAGAAGUCAUGCAAUGGGAAUGAAUAGAUUUUGCUAAUACUACUUUUUUUUUUCCUUGCCUGGAAAAGAAAUAGGCCAUUUGGAUCACACUUCUUUUUCCUGCUGAAUGAUAGUCUGGGUUUUUUUUGUUUGUUUUGUUUUGUUUUGUCAAAUUUAUGAAAGGAAUACUUGAAAAUACAAGAGGACUGAGUGGAGUCAAUGUAUCCAAUGGAAUAAUUACUCCUUUCUGUUCACCUUCGUGCACAUUGUCUCCUGGUGGAAUAUCCUGGCCAAAAAGAUAUCUUGACACCUACCUGGAAAUAAUGUUACCCCCACCCCCCAGGAAUUUGUCAGGGAACAGGGGAAAAAGAUUAUCUAGUUUUUGUUCUUGUGCAUUAAACCCCACUUGUGGGUUUGAGGCUGGCAAAUUUGAUGCAUAAAACAUUUCUGAUUACUUAAUUGCCCUCAAAAUAGGAGAGGUAUCAUUCUUACCUUCUUAACCGUUUUUGCCAUGCUCUGAGGUCAGGUGGAGAAAACCACAGUUAAAACACAAAAAUAGAAACCAUGAUGUACCCACGUCCCUUAUAAUUCUAUGGUGAGAGGACAGGAAGGGUAGCCUCUUUUAAACCACUGCAGUAUCCAUUUGAAAGAGGCUGCCAUUGUGGACCCAUGCAGUACUAUGGAUUUUUAACUUCCCCAGUCGGGAAAAGGGGAUCCAACCUAAGAGGACCUAUAGCCCAGCCUCUGGAGUCUAAACCUGGAGCUUCACCUUGCUGAAGUCCGUGUGUGGGCUCUUUUAAAAGGUUUGCGCCUCCCAGUGCAUCUGUGUCAAACAGUAAAUGUGAAAUGUCUUUCUUCGCUGUUAAAACGAAACUCAUGCUUUUGGGGGGGUCUAACUGACUACAGUUGACUGCUGCGUUGAACUGGUCAAAUUAUUUAAAAAAAUAAUUUUCAUAUCACUUCUCAAUUUUGUUUGCCUUUCUGGCAUGCAUGGUGGUGUUAUUCGUGUUUAUAUUGUACCUUGGUUUGGAGAAGUAUUCGAUUCAAGCUGUACCAAUAUAUAUGUAUGGUCCAUAGGACACAUUUGAUUCUUACCAAUACAUUUGUGUUCAUGUUUGGGUGCAAUUUCUCUGAAAACUUCUAGAAACAAUUUCCAUUGGAAACCAUUCCAGCUAUUCCUGACCCUUUUACUGCAUUUCUCAUCUGUCAGUAUUGUUUUUGAGUGUUUUGGUAGGUGUCAUUCUCAGCUUACCUAGGCGUGCUCUAUUCUGGUAGCCUGUAUUUGAGGUACUCUGCUAAAGGCAAUGUCUUUAUAGUCCUGGUCUAGUCCAAAGAGCUAAAAAAAAUCAGACCCAGGAAAGCUUUUGAUGUUUGUUAUUGUUUUGUUUUAAUUGCUGUUGUGUGUUGUUUUAUGUGAGAACUUUUAUAAGGGACUGUGAAUACAAGUGAGAGAGAUGAUGGAGAGGCUGGAUUUCUCAGAGCCAUUGGACAUUGAUAUAACACCCAGGGUAGCGGAAAUAGAUGGAAGAUUGCAAGACUACCCAGGGUGGUGGAAAUCUAUUGGCUGUGUGUAAAUUGCCUUAUAGCCAGGAAGACAGUGACAUGCGGCCUAAGGACAAUUAAGAGUCAUGUUUCAGGGACACGGUGCCUUGUAGCUCAGACUCAGCAUGGCAAUGAUGUGUAAUGCCAUGGCCUCAGUCCUGGAGAGGAACCUGACUUUUUUUGCAGAAAGAUAUUUUAUUAAUGAACGAAAAAUGGCUGGCAUGAGUUUAACAGGUGGGAUAACUUGAAGCCUUCCAGUGUUCCCAGCACUGUAAUCUCGCCAUCCUAUUUGGGGGGCGGAGGGCGGGGGUUGACAGAGAAAGGGAGAAAAUGUACUAACAGGAUCAUACACCCAUCACUUGAAUAAUUUUGAAGUCUGAUGUCCUUGAGAUUUUCAUAACCGUUGUCCACUGUUUAAGGAUGCUGCCUAAUAAACUGAAAACAUUAAUUCAUAACUAUCACUAUACACCAGCAACAAUAUAAACAUAAGCCUAAAUUUGCCAAGUUCAUAAUAAUUUAGUGAUGGAAAUUUUUAAUAACAUGCUGUGUAUAAAUGUGCAAAUUUUAUGCAAGUAUUGACAAAAUCAUUUUUCAGCUUGCAAAAUGGGACUGCGAUAUUACAUUUUUUCACUUAUGCAAUUUUUUACAUCCACGUCGUUGCUUUCUAUAAUGAAUGUGAAUGCCAUCUUUUAUGAAUGCAACUUGCCUUUUUUCAUUACAGAACUUUUUGUUUGAUGUAAUCAAUAAACUUUGGUAUGGUAUGAUUGA